CAUUUGAAAAAUUCUAAUAUUUACUUUGUAUUUUUUCCACCAGUUGUCUUUGUUUCCCAAAUUUUGGGAAUAUUUCCGUUGAAAGGGAUAUGACCAAAACCAUCGAACAACAUUCAUUUUAGCUGGUUUUCAUUUGCCUCGCUGAUAUGUUUGGCAUUUAUAAUUUGGGAUGCAGUAGUUGUUUUGACGCAUUUGUAUUUUAAUCGGCACUCAAAAAUCAGUGCUGCUAUUAUUUCUACUUGUGCUUUUUUUUCUGUGGGUUUGCUUAUUUAUACAGUCUUUUUACGACUUGCUACACGAUGGGUUAGUAUAAUUAAAUGGUGGACUGAAAAAGAACAACGAUUUCUACAUCCUCCAUACGUAACUAAAAGUUCAAAAAAGCUUAAAAGUAAAUUAGUAAAAGUUGCAAUUGUUAUAGCUAUUUUGGCAAUUGUGGAGCACGGCUUAUACCAAACCUCUUCUAUUUAUAUUUAUACAAGGAAAUAUAAGGAAUGCAAUGUUACCAAUGCAGGAAUCCAUGAUUUUUUACAUUCAAGGUUUCCUUAUGUCCAUGCUUAUAUACCGGGUAUGGUUGCUAUGAUUUUAAGCCAGUUUGUAAGUUGGUUUGCAACAGCUGCAUGGAAUUUCUUGGAUUUGUUCAUCAUCGUCAUUAGCAUAGGAAUUACUACACGUUUUGAACAGUUAACUAGUGCAUUGAAAGAUCAUUUAAAAAAUGAAAUUCCCACACCAAAAUCAAUGUUGAAGUUUCGAUUGGAUUUUAUAGCAAUUUGUGAGCUACUUGAGUAUGUUGACAAGCAUAUGGGUUUGAUUGUAUUUUUAUCUGCGGCUAAUAAUUUAUAUUUUGUAUGCAGUCAACUUUUGCAUGCAUUUAAGUUAGCUAAACUAAAAUUAAUAUUUACUAUUAAAUUAAUAGAAAUUUUUUUCAGUGUAUUGAGGUACUUCGCUGAUUACUUGUACUAUUGGUUUUCAUUAUUCUACUUGAUAUCUAGAACUGUAUACUUAUUUUUAUCAGCGGCUGCUAUUAGCGAAAGUGCUCGCAGUCCAGCUCAUUUGUUGCAUAACAUUCCUCAGCAUCACUGGAAUCUUGAGUGCGAUCGGUGGUUAUUUCAAAUUAACUCUUCAACAAUUGCAUUGUCUGCUAUGGGAUUUUUUAAUUUCACUCGUGGGUUAAUUUUAACGAAAAUUAUUCUCCAAGGAUCUUGGAAGUUUUGGAAUUUAGGGGUCUGAUAUGAUAUAUUUUAGAAACCAGCAUGUAAAAAUAUGAAUAUUCUUCCUUUUCAUUUUAAAAGUUAUAGAUGGUGAUAGCAAAGAUAAAGCUUUCAUUAUUAAUUAUUUAAAUUUUCAAUAAAAGAAAUGUUGCACAAACGCCACAGUGACCGCUAACGCACUAACA